AGCCCGGGCAUGGCUGCCAACAUGUACCGGGUCGGAGAUUACGUCUACUUUGAAAAUUCUUCAAGUAACCCUUACUUGAUACGAAGAAUAGAAGAACUCAAUAAGACGGCCAAUGGAAAUGUGGAAGCAAAGGUGGUGUGUUUCUAUAGAAGAAGGGACAUAUCGAGUACGCUUAUUGUAUUGGCUGACAAACAUGCAAGGGAAAUGGAAGAAGAGAUGGAAAACCCAGAAAUGGUUGAUUUACCAGAGAAACAGAAGCAUCAGCUAAGGCAUCGAGAACUGUUUCUCUCACGACAGCUGGAAUCUUUACCUGCCACGCACAUAAGAGGCAAAUGCAGCGUUACUCUGUUAAAUGAGACAGAAUCCCUUAAAUCAUAUCUGGAACGGGAGGAUUUCUUCUUUUAUUCACUAGUGUAUGAUCCACAACAAAAGACUCUCCUGGCUGAUAAAGGAGAGAUUCGCGUUGGAAACAGAUACCAGGCAGAUAUAACAGACUUAUUAAAAGAGGGUGAAGAAGAUGGAAGAGAUCAAUCAAAACUUGAAACAAAAGUUUGGGAAGCAUUUAAUCCGCUAAUAGACAAACAGAUAGACCAGUUCUUGGUGGUAGCACGCUCUGUUGGUACAUUUGCCCGGGCCCUAGACUGCAGUAGUUCUGUCAGACAGCCAAGUUUGCACAUGAGUGCUGCUGCAGCUUCCAGGGACAUCACACUGUUCCACGCUAUGGACACUUUGCACAGAAAUGUCUAUGACAUUUCCAAGGCGAUCUCUGCCCUUGUGCCACAGGGUGGGCCAGUCCUGUGUAGGGAUGAAAUGGAAGAGUGGUCUGCUUCCGAGGCAAAUCUCUUUGAGGAAGCACUGGAAAAAUAUGGAAAAGACUUCACUGACAUUCAACAAGAUUUUCUUCCAUGGAAGUCCUUAACCAGCAUAAUAGAAUAUUACUACAUGUGGAAAACUACAGAUAGAUAUGUUCAGCAGAAACGAUUGAAAGCAGCGGAAGCAGAAAGCAAGCUAAAACAAGUGUAUAUACCCAACUAUAACAAGCCAAACCCCAACCAGAUCAAUGUAAAUAAUGUCAAACCAGGAGUGGUAAAUGGUACAGGAGGACAGGCACAGAACACGGGAGCAGGACGGGCCUGUGAAAGCUGCUAUACCACACAGUCUUACCAGUGGUAUUCUUGGGGUCCCCCUAACAUGCAGUGUCGCCUCUGUGCAUCCUGUUGGACAUACUGGAAGAAAUAUGGUGGCUUGAAAAUGCCGACGCGAUUAGAUGGAGAGAGACCAGGACCAAACCGCAAUAAUAUGAGUCUUCAUGGUGUGCCAGUGCGAAACAGUGGGAGCCCCAAAUUUGCCAUGAAAACACGACAAGCUUUCUAUCUGCAUACAACAAAACUGACAAGGAUUGCCAGACGCUUGUGUCGAGAGAUCUUGCGUCCUUGGCAUGCAGCAAGACAUCCCCACCUGCCCAUCAACAGUGCAGCAAUCAAAGCAGAAUGCACAGCACGCUUACCAGAAGCAUCAGAAAAUCCAUUGUUGUUAAAGCAAGUUGUUCGAAAGCCUUUAGAAGCAGUACUCCGGUAUUUAGAAUCUCAUCCAUGUCCUCCGAAACCAGACCCCGUAAAGAGCUUGUCCAGUUCUCUUAACAAUCUGACUCCUGCCAAGUUUACACCUGUCAUAAACAAUGGAUCCCCAACUAUCUUGGGAAAAAGAAGCUAUGAGCAACACAAUGGGAUGGAUGGCAACGUGAAGAAGCGCCUAUUGAUGCCUAGCAGGGGUCUGCCUAACCACGGACAAACCAGACAAAUGGGACCAAGCCGAAACUUGCUGCUCAAUGGGAAAUCAUACCCAACAAAAGUCCGAUUAAUUCGUGGUGGAUCCAUGCCUCCAGUGAAAAGGAGGAGGAUGAAUUGGAUUGAUGCUCCGGAUGAUGUGUUUUAUAUGGCCACUGAGGAAACCAGGAAAAUUCGCAAGCUGCUUUCAUCUUCUGAAGCGAAGCGAGCCGCCAGACGCCCUUACAAGCCCAUUAUCCUCCAGCCAGUCCAGGCAGUCCAGUUACGACAACCUAUGAACGAUGAACCCAUCAUAAUUGAGGAUUAA